AGGAGCCACUUAGUCCUAGAAAAUUAAUUGUGUAGUUAAUAUAAAUCUCAGUUUAACACAACAGUGCCAUGAGUUUUGAUACCAAGAAUGAGGCUUCUAGUGAAGAUGGUGGAUCAAUGUCAAUAGUGGAUGAGUUCAACUGGAGUCUUCAUGUGUGGCAAAAAUCAUUGUUUAAUCAAUCAAAUUCAACUCUAAAUUCAUUAUUGAAUGCCAAUAGAUUUGACUAUGUUCAAGCAAGAUAUGGUUCUUCUGGUAUGAUGAAUCCUGUUGAACAUGAAUCCCUGUUGCAAUACUGUGAACAGCUGGACAACCAAAAUAGUGGAUCAGGAGGCAACCAUGCUAAUAUUAUACUACCUCUUAUCAAAGAUAUGCCAAAUGAUUGCCUCAAGUGGAAGCAUUCUCUCCCGGACUCUUUUUUGGAUAACUUGAAAGAAGAAAGCAAGCGUUCCCUUGGGAGCACUCCUUCUUUCCUGCCAUCUUCUUCAGCACUCAUUGAUUUAGCAGAUGCUCUAAUGAAUCCACCAAAAGAAGGAAAUGAUUCGGAAAAUUUCUCGCCUAGUGAGAUGAAAGAAAAUGUUCAUAUCAAACCUCCAUUGGAUUCAUCAGCACCUGCCAACCGCCAACACUCUAAUGUCGGUAACAGCAAUGCUGACCUUACAACCUCUCAUAUGGCGGACAAUUUCAGAAGAAAUCUAUGCAGGGAUUCUGAUAAUGUAAAUAAACUUCAUUUGCCUGGCCACAUUUCUCCUGCAGCGCCUGAAGAGUUUCCAAGAAAUAAUUCUUCUAUGCAGCAUAUUUCUUUGCAGGCUUACAAUAACGCAUCAAAUUCCCGACACACUUCUGACAUUGAACAUUCAAGAAUCCCUAAUAUUUACACUUUUAAUCCAUUAUCUGCAAAGGAUCCUCUCAGUACCGAAUAUAGUGAACACUUGAAAGCUAAUAAAUACAACUCCACUGGAAGAGGAGCACCUUAUCCAUGGCAGAAGAACACAAAUAAUUCCUCCCAGGAAUUGGUGAAAGAGUCAGACUUCAGGACUGCCGCUCAUCAGCUGCGGCUGAACCAAGUGAAGCAUUGUGGUGGUCGCGGUGGCAGCCGUCACGGCGGUCGCGGCUACCUUGACGACAGAGGCGCCCCAGGUGACAACACUGGCGGGUUGUCCGCUAGUCUGUACGGCAACACCGAGCGCCGGUCUCUGGGCACGAGACCAGGCGCUGUGUCGGGCAAGUUUGUGCCUCCCGUGCGCCGAGGAAACUCUGGUGACAACAACUGUGGUCAGAAGAGGGGCGCAGCGGCUGCGUACGGUGACUCCGAUGACGGCAACGAGCCUGGGCCCUACGACCACAUGAUGGCAGACCCAAGGUUCAAGAACAUCGACAGCAAGAUGGUUGAGCUCAUCAUGAAUGAGGUGUUGGACACCAGCCCUGAUGUUCACUGGGACGACAUUGCAGGCCUGCUCGAUGCCAAAGCCACCAUCCAGGAGGCGGUCGUGUGGCCUAUGUUGCGGCCAGAUAUUUUCAGCGGCCUGCGUGGGCCUCCUAAAGGCGUGCUGCUCUUCGGGCCUCCUGGCACUGGCAAAACUAUGAUAGGUAAAGCAAUAGCAAGUCAGAGCGGCGCGACGUUCUUCAGCAUCAGCGCGUCGAGCGUGACGAGUAAAUGGGUGGGCGAGGGCGAGAAGAUGGUGCGUGCUCUCUUCGCUGUCGCCAGAGUGAAGAGUCCCAGCGUCAUCUUCAUCGACGAGAUCGACUCGCUGUUGUGUCAGCGCAGCGAUACUGAACACGAGUCCUCCCGACGCAUCAAGACGGAGUUCCUUGUCCAACUUGACGGUGUGGGAACGUUGAGGGAGCAGGUGCUGGUGGUUGGGGCCACCAACAGGCCGCAGGAGCUGGACGAGGCGGCAAGAAGGCGACUUGUCAAGAGGCUCUACAUCCCCUUGCCCGACCAGCAGGCUCGUCGUCAACUCUUGGAGAAAUUAUUGAGCUGUCAGAACCACACUCUGACAGCGACGGACAUGUCAUGGGUGGCAACUGAGACCGAGGGCUUCUCAGGUGCUGACGUGGCCGCCUUGUGCUCCGAGGCUGCCAUGGGACCUGUGCGCGCCAUCGAUCCUUCCCGCAUGAGACACAUCGCGCUCGAUCAGGUGCGCCCUAUUGGCAUCAACGACUUUCGUAAAGGAGUGAGCAGCGUCCGCCCUAGCGUGUGUCAGGACGAACUGAAGCUUUACACUGAGUGGAACUGCAAGUACGGCAUCACCAGAGCUGCCGGGCCCUGAGGGCGAAAAACAUUUGCUACACCUUGAUCUUGCUCAACGAUCGAUCCAGGAUAACUUUUGGGAAGGAUAACCUUGCUAAAGAUUAUCCAAUUGAUAUAAUGAACUAGUCGUCGGGUGAGGGUCCCAAAGGUCUUGUUUCGGACAUGCUGUUAUUUUUCUUAUCUCCUUUCAUAUUUACAUAGAGUAAGAGCUCAAUAAACAUAUCAAAAAUAAACGAAUAAUAAAUCUAUUGAGGAUUAUAUUUAACUAUUACUAGUUGCGAAAACGUUGUUCCAACAUGUAUAGUUUUGCUAGAUUGUGAUCGCAAGAAUACAAAACAAAACCAUUUGACGUAAGUUUGGAAAUAAAAUAUUUUAUUA